UCUCUCCAUAAAAAACUACACAAUACCAAAGUAUUAAUAAAAAUAUGGAGGGAAGUGACACUAACAACACCACCUACUCUAACUCUACUUCUACUUCUUCUGGUGAUCCUCCUCCUCCGGCGGCGGCAACGGUGGCGGUUGUAAUGAGCCCUUGUGCAGCAUGCAAGAUCUUGAGGCGAAGAUGCACGGAGAAAUGCAUGCUUGCGCCAUAUUUCCCUCCCACCGAGCCUACCAAGUUCACCAUUGCUCAUAGGGUCUUUGGCGCUAGCAACAUCGUCAAGUUCUUGCAGGAGAUUCCGGAAUCUCAAAGAGCUGAUGCAGUGAGUAGCAUGGUGUAUGAGGCAAGUGCAAGAAUAAGGGACCCAGUUUAUGGUUGUGCAGGUGCAAUUUGCCAGCUUCAGAAGCAAGUCAAUGAGCUUAGAGCACAAUUGGCAAAAACACAAGCUGAGGUUGCAACCAUGCAAUUUCAACAAGCCAACCUUGUUGCCCUAAUUUACAUGGAAAUGGCACAACAACAAAGUUCCCAACAACAACAACAAGAGUUUGAAUCAUCACCUCAGCAAUCAUCAAUGGAAGAUUUCAAUGUUCCAAGCCCUCACUAUCAACAAAGUAACAUCAACUACUUUGAGGAUAACCCUAGCCUCAAUUCAUUGUGGGAGCCGCUCUGGACAUGAUUUAUCAUACGUUAUAUACGAGAAAUGAUAUUUGUACUAUUUUUUUGUACAUGACAUUUCUUUCGUAUAAGAGAUGUGUAUACAAAAAAAUAAUAUAAAUAUUAUCUUUUAUAACAUACCUGGAUAAUUUAAGAAAAAAGUUAUG